GCCCCAGCCAUUCCCAGGCCGCCCCGGGCAGACACGCCCCAGAGCCAGCUGCAGCGAGGGGGGAGCCGGGCGGCCGGACACCUCGCGCUGGGGCAGCCCCCGAGCCGAGAGCAGGGGGGGCCGGAGGGGGCCCUGCCAGCCAGAGACCUCCGGACCCCCGGCCGGAUGCGGGCCAGGCUCCUGCGCUGCUUCUCCUGGGCCGGGCGCCGGAAACGCCGCAGGAAGGGGCCCCCCGGCCCCCCAGGUGCCCCCGCCCGCCCCACAGAGGGGGGCCCGGCCCCCCGCGCCCGCUCCACGCCCUCCACCAGCAGCGAGCCGGACGGGGCCUUCUUCAGCGGGAAGGCGCGGGUCUCCUUCCGCCACCAGCUGGACUCCGCCACCGCGGCCAUCGACUCCACCGGCUGACGGGGGGCUGCCCCACGGCGGCCGCCUGCCCCCCACGGCAUCGCCUCCACCUGCUCAGGGGGCAUCUGCCCCACGGCGCCCGCCAGCCCCCCUCGGCAUCGCCUCGACCAGCUGAUGAGGGGGCCACCCCACGGCGCCCACCAGCUCCCCACGGCAUCGCCUCUACCAGCUGAGGGGGCAUCUGCCCCAUGGCGCCCGCCUGCCCCUCACGGCAUCGCCUCCACUGACUGAUGGGGGCUGGGACCCCCAGCACCAAGUGGCCCGGACACCCCCCAAGCCGGCACGUGGGAUUCCUCCACCCCCGCCGAGGACCCUGCAGAGGGCGUUCGCCUGGGGGGCGAUA